AAGUUUUCUUUAUCUGAAUCGUCAAAGAAGAAGACACUUGAUCAUUUCUGUAUCGUGACAGCAAUGGAGCUCAAAAUUUGUUUUCUGCUACUGUAUUUCGUCCUUGUUUCGGGAGACUUGGAAAACGUAAAAGAAGAACCUGGAACAGCUGCGAAUGUGACAAGUGUGGACAUUGACACGAAGCCCACUAUACCCGUGACUGUAGAGCCAAAAAGAAGCCAUGAAUCAUCAUCAGACAAUAGCAAGCAAAAAAGAAUAAAGGAAAAAUUUGGAAAAAAGAAAUCGAAGAAAAGAAGCAAGGCACGUAAAGCUGCAAUGGGGGAUACAGUGUUGAAAGGCAUUAAUAAGUUUGCCUUCGACUUUCACAAAACCUUACCAACGAAUGGAAGCCAAUUCUACUCUCCAUACAGCAUUGCUUCGACAUUAGCUCUUGUCUACGCAGGGUCUGGAGGGAAAACAAAGAAAGAAAUCGCAGCGGCAUUAGGAUGGGAAAAUUCACCUCAACUCGUUGUUCAUAAGAGUCUUGGAAAGUUUUUGGCACGUCUAUCCAGCGGUAAGCGUAGUAUGAAGGUGGCUAGUAGGAUUUGGGUUUACACUUUCGAACUCAUACGAAGGAAGUACAAAAAAACUAUAACUAAUUACUAUGGCGGUAAACUUGGCAGGCUUGACUUUUUUAAUGAUCCCGAGGGGUCAAGGGGUGCAAUCAAUAAAUGGGUUGAAGAGAAGACGGCUGGUAAGAUAGCAGAUUUGAUUCCAAGUGGUGGAAUCACAAAGGAAACGCGGUUUGUGCUGACGAAUGCAGUCCACUUUAAAGCAUUGUGGGAGCACCAGUUUGACCCAAAGCAAACAUCAAAGCAAGACUUUACAACCGCUGCCAAUAAGAAAAUCAAGCUGGAUAUGAUGCGUGGCACGUUUGAUGUAACCCUGAAGUCAAGUGACACCUUUCUUGGGGUAGAGUUACCUUACAAAGGAAACGAGUUUUCAAUGCUGAUACUGUUGCCAAAAAGCACCAGCCUUGAUGUUGCUGAGAGGGGUCUGGACUCUACAGCGCUCGAGAAGAUGAAGUCCUACAAAACACCAGUGGAAGUCAUAAUUCCUAAAUUUAAACUAACAUCCAGUUAUGAGAUCCUAAAGAAUCUCAAGUUAUUGAACAUUAAAUCUAUGUUUGGAAGCAAAGCCGAUUUCUCUGGUAUGUUAGCGGAGAAGUUAUCGCCCCUGUUUGUGACUGAUGCCAUACACAAGACCUUUGUUCAAGUGACUGAGAAGGGGACAGAAGCAGCCGCUGCAACCGCCGUGUUCGUUGGCCGGUCGUUGACGCCAGUUUUUCGUGCUGACCAGCCUUUUUUGUUCUUUAUAAAGGAUACAAAAACAAAUGUCAUUCUCUUCGCAGGAAGAUUUUCGCCUUAAUACAGCAAAGGAUUCUGUACUGACCUUUGUCAGUGGCAUAGAAUUAAGCGUAGCUUUAAUGACAUUGAAAGUAAGUUCCAACGUGUUUAAUCAAUAGUUUGCUUGUGUUCUUAGUGUGCAAAUCGUUAGUUACAAUUAUUGAGAAAUCAAUGUUUAUGAUUAUUCAACAUGACGUUAUUUUGCUUUUGCUAAGAGUUCCAAAGUGUGACGUCAUAGAAAAACAUUUCUAGAAUUUUUUUGACUACCAAACUUGACAAAUAUCAUACCCCUAAUAGUGCAUAAGUAACUUAAAUCUAUUCUGCAAAUUGGCUUGAAAUAUGGCUAUUGAAAUUGUUUCUUUGACCCAUUUCAUAGAUUUUUUAACCAAAGCUAGAAAUUGUCUGUCAAACAGAAGUUGUUGAAGUUUAGUUUAUCAAAA